AUGACAGCUCCUGAUUUUGCGUCAUUCUCUUUCCCCGAGCCACCUACUUUUCCAGGUGGAGGCAACCAAAUUCGUAUUGACCCUGCAGCAAAGAAUCCUAUCACUGCCGCAAUCCAAAAAGCCUCUCCAAACUCGACAAUUAUUGUUCCUGCCGGCGAAUACUUCGAUAAUGUCGUCAUUGACAGACCAAUUGAGAUCAUUGCCGAAGGACAAGCAACAAUUAAGGCAGCUUUAGCUAAAGACACUUUUACAGUAAAUGACAAUUGCCACAUUAAGGGCAUUCAGAUUGUUCCAGGCGACUCCCAAGCCACAUCUACAAUGAAAGUCAACUCAGGAUCUGUCCUUAUCGAAGAAUGCAUCAUGGUAACACAGAUGGUCCCAACUCUUCUCAUUGGUCCAAAGGCAUCAAACGUUUUCAUCAGAAAAUCUACCCUCCAGUCAGAGGCUGUUUGUGGUUUACGCGUUCAAGGCAGCAUGGCACUUGAACUUUCCGAAUCACAGCUUGUCAACACAACAGGUGCCGGUAUCAUGCUCACUGGCAACUCCAAACUUCAUACAUUCAGCAGUGUUAUCGCUUCUUGUGGUGAUGCAGGCAUUGUUGCACUCGAAUCUUCCUCAUUGUAUCUUGAUUCAACACAAAUCUCCCAAUGCGCCGGCAACGGUCUUGAAUUAGAUACACAAGGUGAAACUACAAUCACCCAGUGCCUUAUUUCCGCUUGCAGCUAUUGCGGAAUUAACGCUCUUGGUGCAACCCGCGGAAAGAUCUACAACACAAGCAUUGAACAGUGCUAUGGUGGUAUUUCUGCCUCAGAGCAAUACCACGUCACCCUUGAAGGCUGUCAGAUUUCCAAUUGCAGCCAAGAUGGCGCCCUUGCCGCCGCAAUCGGAGCCACUAUGGAACUUUCUGGCUGUGUCUUACAAGGCUCAUCAACACUCGGUAUCCAAUGCAACGCCAGCCAAGUUACAGUCACAGGAUGCCAGCUUUCAUCUCUUACAGGCGCAGGCAUUACAAUUGUUAACGGUGGCAACAUGACAAUUGACAGCACAUCCAUCAAGGAUAUUACAGAAAAUGCCAUCGAAGUAUCCAACAAUUCAAGAUUAACAAUGUCAAACUCUUCCGUUGAGAAUACAGACCUUAUUGGACUCUUCGUUGAGGGCAACUCAUCUGUCGACGUCAAUACAUGCAGCUUCUCAAAGUGCGGCGUUGUCUCUUGCCACUUCAUCGAUUCUACACAGAACUCAAACUUCGAAAAGUGCACAUUUGUCGAAUCCAACGGUAACGGCUUCAACAUUGGCAAGGCCUCUCCAAGAUUUACAGAGUGCGCAUUCCACGCCAGCACCUUUGCCGGUGUCGAAAUCAAGGGACAGUCUACAUCUCCACAGUUCUUCGCAUGCCAGUUCACAGGAAACAAGGUUGUCGGUGUCAGCGUUGUUGAAGGCGCUUCUCCAUACUUCGAUGGCUGCGCAUUUACAACAAAUCUUGGUUCUGGUAUCACAAUUUCCAAGAGUGCAUGCACUGUUUCACAAUGCGCUUUGAUGAACAACAGCAAGAUGGGUCUUUUCGCUUUCGAUGGCGCUAAUGUCCAAAUCGAGAAAUCCAUGUUCCAAGAAAACAACAACUUCGGUAUCCAGGUACAGAAGAAAGGAACAACAGUCACUGUUUCCGAGUGCGAAAUCCAGAAGCACCAGAACAGUGGUGGUGUCAUUCUCGAAGAAGGCUGCCAUCUUUCAAUGGUCAGAUCAUCAGUCCACGACAACAAGGCACCAAACAUCGAAGCAAGAAGAGACGCAAGACUCGAAAUCGAAGGCUCAGACAUCUCCAAGUCAGUCGGCGGUAACUCAAUCAUGAUCCACGAAGGAGGUUCUGGUGUCAUCAAUACAUCAUUCAUCCACGACGAAGAAGAAUCAGGUGUUCUUAUCGGAAAUAAUGGUAAUGCAGAAGUCACUGGAUGCGAUAUCUCAAACUGCGACGUCGCAGCCAUUUACUUACUCCAGGGAAGCGAUGGCAACAUCCACGGAAACAGAAUCCACGACAACAAAGUCUCUGGUGUCCACAUCGUCACUGGAUCUCCAAAGGUUGUCGAUAACAUCAUCGAGGAUCAGGCAUACGGUAUCUACAUUGAAUCAGGUGCAUUCCCACAAAUCUCUGGUAACCAGUUCAAUAGGAACUCACAGACAAACGUAAACAGAGCUUAA